AAAUGUUACGCAUUGCAGCUGCAGUUUUAAUGCUCUUUGGUACGGGUUUCCUUCAAGAUAUGUUUUCGAUAGCAGCUAUACAGGUUCAUCCAAGACAAAGUGUCACGAUGUGGUGUGAACACAAUAUUUAUGUUUCUGGAAAUCUGUACUGGUUCAAACAAACAGACGGUGAAGUGCCCAUUGCUAUUGUGUGGAUGUUAUACACCCAAAGUCUUCAGAAAGUUGAGCCAAAUUAUUUCAACAAUUUCACAAAAGACCACAUGGUUAUGAAUCUGUUCAGCAAAAAUACCUCCCUAACAAUUAGUCGAGUGAAAAUGUCUGAUUCUGGCUUUUACUUUUGUGGAGAGGCAGGAUAUUACGUGAAAUUUGGCAACGGUACAAGCCUUCAAGUGAAAGAACAUAAGAAAUCAUCUUUAUCUACUGAGGAGUGUUCUGGAGACAUCUAUUUUAAACUGACCCUCCUGUUUGGUGGAAUCAUUUUUUUCACAUGUAUUAUUCCUCUUAUUUUGAUGAUUAUCAGGGAACACAGACGACAGAAGCAUAAAAAAGCCGUCUAUGAAAGUCGAGCGCAACAACGUAAUGACAAGAAAAAUGAUUCAGUGGUAUAUGCUGCUGUGCAUUUUUCAAACAAGAGACUCAAAACGGCAGGACGACAGAAAGUGGACACAACUGCUGUUCACGCUGAUACUAAUUGAAAAAGGAAACAUUUUCAUACAUAUUUCAAUGAAUUAUCGCUUAUUGUUUAACAGCUAAACAGCAUCAUUAUUUUUUUUAUUAUAUGUACGCAACAUAUAUAAUGAAUUUAUGCAAA